GUUAGUCGACCACGAAUAAGGACCAAGAGCAAGACGUCAGAGAAGCAACAUGGCGGCCCGCAUAAGACUGCCCUUGCUGCUCCCUAAAAGUUUUCCACCGCUUAGAACCCAGAAGCAUGUCCACACCGAAGCAGCCGUAACGGAGCCUUCGUAUCCGCCCGUGGUGGCCUCUCUGACGGCUAAAAGCAAAGCGGCCCGGCUGCGGCAGAUCGAGGAGCGCGUUAAAAAGAUCAGCGCCUCUCCCGUGGAGGAGAAGCUGUCCCUCAUCACUCGCAUCCAGCGGAUGAAAUUUGUCGUCUACCCGCAGACAUUUGCGCGGAACCCAGACAGGUGGUACCAGCACUUCACCAAAACCGCGUACGUGCCGGGCCUUCCGGACAGGUUUGCCCCGGCCACGGAGAGCUCCCCCUCAGCCGCGGACCGUCCUGCUCCCCUGGGUAUCGACGACGCUGCGUUCAAAGACAUCCGGGAGCUAGUCACCCGUGUGAUUUUACACGAGCACUGGCACAAGGUGAAGAAAAGUAAAGCGUCCCUGUACAAGCGUCAGGAUCAGGUGGUCGGCCCCUUCCUGAAGACCCUGGCGUCUGGUCUCACCUACAGUCUGGCCAAACACAACCCGCUGCUGCGUCUCUCCAGUCUGGAUCUCAGUCCGCAGGUGAACUUUUACUGGAGGAGGGGGCAGAGAACGAUACCCAAGGGCCACCGCAAAGGCCGGCCAGAGCCAAUCCGCUUCCAGAUCGACGACCGCCCCCACUGCCAGAUCCGAACACCUCAGCAGCUACCGCAGUUUACUUCACUGGAGGCCUCUUACACAGCUGAGGUCCCAGAGGUCCCCUAUGCCCCCAACCUGAUGCCGCUGUUCAGAAGGCAGUAUGAAAACAACAUCUUCACAGGAGCAAAGCUGCCUGACCCAGCGUGCUACGGCCACACUCAGUUCCACUUGGUACCCGACCGGUACCACAGAGACCGCAUGGCUCAGCGGCAGCAGACUGACCAGGUGGAGGCCUUCCUCAGAGCCAACGCCAUCGCCAGCCUCUUUGCCUGGACCGGAGCUCAGGCCUCGUACCAAGGUUUCUGGAACUACGAGGAUGUCUCCAGACCCUUCGUGUCACAGGCCGUCAUCACAGACGGCCACUUCUUCUCCUUCUUCUGCUACCAGCUCAACACCGUGGCCCUCUCCGUGGAGGUGGACGCCAACAACCCCAGGAAGAACCUUUUGUGGGGCACUGAGAGCCUGCGGCUCUACGAGGACGUCCAGGACGGAGAGGUGGUGGGUCUGGACGACGCCGUCAUCAGGCUUCUGGUUCAGUUCUUCAUGAAUCAGCCUCAUAGUUGAGGGAAACAUGCAGGAAGUUGCAUAUUUGUUCCCGAGUGUGCAAGGUGCAAAAAAAAAAAUCUUAGUGUAAGAGUCGGACACGAGGGAACUUUCCGGGUCAUCGUAUGAGACGCAGUGAGGUUGAAAAAUAUGGGUUAAGCUUGUUGAACCAACCUAACCACAAACGUUCACGCUCAGGAUGGAGAUGCUGGACAGUGAUGCAAGGAUUAUUUUCCUCUUCUCCUGACAAUCUUAUUGUUUAAUUUAUUCCUGUUAAAGUAGCAUCUGAACCUCAUAACUGCUUUAAGGGGAAACAACUUUUUUUUUUUUUUUCAAAUCCAGCAUUUAGAGCAAAUGCAAUUUACUGUAAAACAACAGCUGUCAAUAAAACAUCUGCCACCCUGA